ACUCUAGCCUGUGUGGCUCCUGCUCGUGUGUGAACGUGCCUUGACACAGCUCUCAUAGCCAUGGAUCGCAUACGAACGCGAUAGCUUGAAUUCCCAGCUUUCCAAACAGCAGCCUCUAAGCGGCAGCCGAAAAAGGCUGAAAGGACGCGGCGCGCGAAAGCAGCCCACAAAAAAACAUGCUCGACACCCUCCGCAGAAGACGCGACGGCCGCGCGGGACGCGACAAUUCGUAUAUAGAAGCGAAGCACAUCCGGCGCGUCGGCUACGCGCUGGGCAUCUCGAUGCUGUUCGUGGCCGCCUCAUUAACGCCGGACAUCAUGCAAAAAACGAAAAUAAAACACGAUGAUACGGCCUGCGAACAUAUUGAGGGCCGCGGCGACCCCUGCAAAUUUGUGCGAGAGAACUGCCGAGAUGUCGCCCACGCGAUUGAUUAUCUGAGACUCAUGUAUUGUGAUGGGGUGAACACUUCUCCCUCUGCCAACCCUCUAGUAGUGGUCUCGCUAGUACUGUGGCUCCUCAUGCUCCUCUCGUUACUCGGUACUACUGCUGAGUUCUUCUUCACGGAGCAAUUAGACUACGCUAGUCGUAGAUUAGGCCUGUCCGACGACGUCGCGGGGGCCACGUUAAUGGCCCUGGGGAACGGCGCGCCGGACGUCUUCACGGCCUGGAACGCCAUUCAUCAAGCUUCUGACUUACCAUUGGUGCUGGCCGAAUUACUCGGCGCGUCGAUCUUCAUCACGACGGUCGUUCUUGGUAGCGUGUUGUUGGCGUCGUCUUCCUCCACAAAUGUCUCGCCGAAGCCCUUCGCUAGAGAUGUCACGAUGCUGUCGGCCAGUGCGUUCGCGAUCGCGUGCUUUUGUUUAGAUGGACUCGUGGACUUCGUGGAGUCCGGGGCCAUCAUUCUACUUUAUAUCGGCUACGUCUGCGUGGUCGUCUGUUCUCGCACGAUCUCAUACGAGAACGACUCGGGCGACGAGAGCGGGUCGCCGCUCUUCGCCGAAGCGCCGUCCGCGCCGCGCGGUUUACGAAGUCCGCUGGACUGGGCGCGGCGACGGCCGGCGGAAGUGGAAUUAGCGUCGCCUUCCGAGGUGCCUCGCAUCCCGCCCGUGCGCCGGGGCUCCGACGCGGCCUCGCUGUGGGAUCAGGAUGAGACAGCAGACGAGGACCGCCAGGGGCUGCUCGGAGGCACUUCUGAAGAAGAUCAAUUGAGUUUGCGAGGCGUGUCGUGCGACGCGUCCACGCCCUACGACCGGGUUGUACUAAUAGCAGAGUGGCCCUUCGCCGUCCUCAGGCACGCGUCCAUCCCGCCAGCUACUUUUACGACAGAGAGGUGGAACGGCGACAUGCGGCGGUUAUCGGGAAUAGCGUGUUUAGGUGCAGCUUCCGUAAUUGCUUUUGACGCCGCGGGAUGUGAUCUCCGACUCAUGGUUUCUGACGCAGUAUGCCAAUCUUUGGUGAUUGUGGGAUGCUUCAUUGGUGUUUUGGUGUACUGCCGCACGUCAGACGACACGAUCCCGUCACAACACAUAAGGGAUUUGUUGGUGGGCGUCGCGUUCUGCUCGACCGUAGCUUGGUUGGAUCUGUUGGCGUCCGAAACCGUAGCCGUGCUGGAGACAGUCGGAGCCGCCGUUGGUUUAUCGAGUGCGGUCUUGGGCGUCACGGCGCUGGCCUGGGGCAACUGCAUCGGGGAUCUGGUGGCCGAUACGGUAGUGGCACGAGCAGGCAAUCCGCAGAUGGCCGUGGCCUCGGUCUUCAAUAGUCCGGUCUUCAGCCAGGCCAUGGCCCUCGGCGUGCCCGUGGCUGUGUAUACUCAUUCCAAGGGUCCGCUGGCGGUGGACCUGACGGGCCAGGCCAUUUUGAGUUUCGCGGCGCUCUCCACGAGUCUCCUGGCGACGGCGGCCGUCGCUUCUCGUAAUGAUUCGUCGAUCCCGCGGCGCCACGCCUUCGCUUUGUUUGCAUUGUACGGCGUUUACAUGCUUGGGAGCGUCGCGUUCGAGCUGGACCGGGACUAGUCUCGCCUUGUUUUUGUUUUAUCCGUUCCGAU